GCGCGAGUGCAUCUCCGUUCACGUCGGCCAGGCCGGCGUCCAGAUGGGCAACACCUGCUGGGAGCUGUACUGCCUGGAGCACGGCAUCCAGCCCGACGGGCAGAUGCCCAGCGACAAGACCAUCGGUGGAGGGGAUGACUCCUUCACCACCUUCUUCUGCGAGACCGGUGCCGGGAAGCACGUCCCGCGGGCCAUCUUUGUGGACCUGGAGCCCACUGUGAUCGAUGAGGUGAGGGCUGGGAUCUAUCGGCAGCUCUUCCACCCUGAGCAACUCAUCACUGGCAAGGAGGAUGCUGCCAACAACUAUGCCCGUGGGCACUACACCAUUGGCAAGGAGAUCAUCGACCAAGUGCUGGACAGGAUCCGGAAGCUGGCUGACCAGUGCACGGGCCUCCAAGGCUUCCUUGUUUUCCACAGUUUUGGAGGUGGCACUGGCUCAGGAUUCACUUCCCUGCUGAUGGAACGACUCUCCGUUGACUAUGGCAAGAAGUCCAAGCUUGAGUUCUCCAUCUACCCAGCCCCACAGGUCUCCACCGCUGUGGUGGAGCCCUACAACUCCAUCCUCACCACCCACACCACCCUGGAGCACUCGGACUGUGCCUUCAUGGUGGACAACGAGGCCAUCUAUGACAUCUGCCGCAGAAACCUGGACAUCGAGCGCCCAACCUACACCAACCUCAACCGCCUCAUCAGUCAGGUCGUCUCCUCCAUCACUGCCUCUCUGAGGUUCGAUGGGGCACUCAACGUCGACCUCACUGAGUUCCAGACCAACCUGGUGCCCUACCCUCGCAUCCACUUCCCCCUGGCUACCUACGCCCCGGUUGUUUCAGCCGAGAGGGCUUAUCAUGAGCAGCUGUCGGUGGCUGAGAUCACCAACUCGUGCUUCGAGCCGGCCAACCAGAUGGUGAAGUGCGACCCUCGGCACGGCAAGUACAUGGCGUGCUGCCUGCUGUACCGCGGGGACGUGGUGCCCAAGGACGUCAACGCCGCCAUCGCCACCAUCAAGACCAAGCGCAGCAUCCAGUUUGUGGACUGGUGCCCAACCGGUUUCAAGGUGGGCAUCAACUACCAGCCUCCCACGGUGGUGCCGGGGGGUGACCUGGCCAAGGUGCAGCGCGCCGUCUGCAUGCUGAGCAACACCACGGCCAUCGCCGAGGCCUGGGCGCGCCUGGACCACAAGUUCGACCUGAUGUACGCCAAGCGCGCCUUCGUGCACUGGUACGUGGGUGAGGGCAUGGAGGAGGGGGAGUUCUCCGAGGCGCGGGAGGACAUGGCCGCCCUGGAGAAGGAUUACGAGGAGGUGGGCCUGGACUCCUACGAGGAUGAAGAGGAGGGCGAGGAGUAGAGCGACCGCCUGAUGGAGGACCUUGCUGCUUUUCCCGUGUCACCUGCGGAAACUCUUUGCAAUAAAUCAUUUGAGAACCUCCGUGUCUCCCAGUGACCCCCCAGCUGUGCUGGUUUCUUGCCAUGUCAGGUGUGUGGUGCGUGCUUCAGUGCUGCUCUGCCUCUGCUCUGCUUCCUCCCUGCGUGCUCUGCUCCUGCUCCUGCUCCAGCUUGCUUCCCGCACAGGUAAGAGACCCUGGGACUACAGUGCUCAUCCCACACUGCUCACCAUUCAGGCAGGGUGGGUACCGCCUCUUCCUGUGGAUAACCCUGCAUCCUGCUUUGAGUCCUCAGGAACAGAUUCAGCCUGAGCAGGGAAAACUGUGGCUGCCAAAACAUCUCCAUGUGUGCAGCCAGUGUGGUAGGUGGGCUUGUUAGAAAGAUGAGUGCUUGGAGCGAUGGGAAAAGCCCAGGGCAUGUCCGAGCUCUGCAGUGCAGUGGGUGCACAUUGUGAGGGCAUCUGGUGUGGCAUGAAUCCCUACGGCUGUUUUACUACUGUGUUGUGGUGAGAGGAUUAAAGGAGGGGAAUGCUCCCUAUGAAACCA